AUGCCAAAGGCAGUGGCCAAAAAGGACGUCUCUCCAGACAAUGAUCCCCCAGUUUCAAAGCGCAAGCCCAGAGCCCCCGCGCCAGUUGAAGAUGAAGCCAAGGAAAAGCGCCAGAGAGGAAAAGACGGGUGCCUUACCUGCCGGAUGCGAAGAAAGUCGCGGCGAAACGUGGUCUGGGCCUCCCUCGGUACCGAUGUUCUGAUUGCAUCCAUUUACCACCAGAAAUGCGAGACUCAACGAAGUCCCGAUGGCUCAUGUUACACCUGCACCCGUCUGAACUUGGAUUGCUUGGGCUUUGGCAACAAACGCCCUGACUGGAUGAGAGACAAAGCUCGUUUAGAGCAUGAGCGCCAACUUAUCAAAAAUCGUCUUGUCGCCCAAGGUCUCGUGCGAGGCGUGCACAAAUCCGAGACUGGAGAAGCGAUUUCGGUGCGCAGAAGGAGGCCACGCAGACCAAAGUCUCCGGAAUCCUCGACUUCCAGUGAGCCAAAGGAACAGACGAAGACGCCUUACCUAAGGCGGCCAAGCACCCCUUCGUCUUCGGAUGAGGUAGCCCCUCCCCCAACCGUUGUCCCUGAUAUCUCAAACGGGGAGAGUGUCCGCGUUGAUCCUUCUCAUAACAUCGAACUCCCAUCCACCACCGAAUCGCCAAUAUCCCCGACAACGACUUUCACAUCCUGGAAUACGACUGAUGCCUCUGAUCAUCCUACCAGCCCCAUUACAUCUCCCGAAGUGCGGACGAGCUUAAUGCCUCAAGAGCUAGGAAUUGGUUCUAGUGUGGUGAACGACCCAUACGGUUCUUUGGAAGGCCUAGUACCUUUCAUGCCAGCUGAGAUUCCUGCGAUCCCCAAUACCUAUGACAGCUACUCGGCUGUGACGAAUGACUACUUCUCCGACAUGACUCGACAGUUCCAGAUGCUUGUCGAAUGGGGACUCGAUCCCCAAGUGGCCGCGGCAAUGGUGACCCAGAGCUUGGAGGGUCCGUCUUCUUACAACGACUUCUCCGGCUUGAUCGCAUUCAACCAUGUCCCCAAGAUCCGCUGCUUGGUGCCUCCGACUCCAUUGGCCGAAAAUCAAGAGGACCUCAUCUUCUAUUACUUUUCGCGCGUAUCUCAGAUGCAGUACAUUUACGAUCGUACCUCGGUCGAUACAAUGCAUUCGUUCAUCACUAGAAACCCUCACGGGUCUGUUGCCAGUGCUAUUAUCGCUUUGUCGUCAUUGCAUGAUGCACGGAUGCGCGCUGCUGAAGGGGGCAUAAUUGGCCAUUUGCGCACGUCCAAUUCCCAUGACCUCUAUUUCAAUAGGGCGCAGAACGAACUUAAUUCGAUAGUUAAAAGUGGCCGUUCCUUGACCGAAGCGGAGGCCACUGCAGCACUCCAUUUGAUCUCCUGGUGGCUGUUCCAAGGUGGCUGGCAAGGGGGGAAAAGCGGGGGUUCAGGCUGGCUUGAAGCCCUCGACGUAGCGUGCGAUUGGUAUGAGAAGAAUAGCGGCAUCUUGAGCAGUGGUCCAGAGCCGCUCAAGACGAUAUACAAACUAAAUCCUGAAGGUCGUUUUGCUGCCCGAACAACCAUGUGGAUGGACAUUUUCUCGGGAAUAACACUUCUUCGCCCGCCGCGGUUUUCUCGCUUGUAUGAGCACCUGUUAAACUAUUCCCCCGGUCAAUCAGACUUCUUCCUGUCAACGAACGGAUGCUGUGAUGAGGUCAUGUUUUGCCUCUCAGCUAUAGUCAACUUGGAGCACAACAAGUACCACGAUGAGCUCAGCACUAUGGAGCCUUACGAUCGUGAAGUUGCACAUAGCGAUUUUAUCCUUCGCUCGCACAAACUUCGCAAACAACUCCUCUCGAUCGAUUGCUCAACUCAGCCCAUCUCACCCUUUAUUGAGCUUUCGAUGGAGUCAUCCUCCUCUUCUGCAUACCCUUUCACUCAUAGCAAUCCCAACGUGCCCGACACGUAUCCUACUUCCGAAAUCUUCCGGCAGGCCGCACUUUUGUAUUUGAGCACGGUCACUUCCGGAUACUCCCCUUCCGUGUCGCACACCCAAGACGCUGUCGCAGCCCUAAAGCUAUCAUUGGAAGCUGUGCCAUUCGACAUGGUAAACAAGGUCGACAGAAGCCUAGUUUUUCCGAUCUGCCUCGCUGGAUGCAUGACAGAUGAUCUAAAUUUACGUAACACGGUGGGGAACACCAUUACCGCGCUCCAGUUGAUGGAAGCUGUUUGGGGCAUGAGGGACUCAACGGGUGAGGCUGUGGCUUGGAGGGAUGUGAUGAACGAGAUGAAGUUCGAGUUGUUGAUGGUUUGA